AUGAAGGAUUUUCCUUCCUGCUUCAGCGAAAACGGCGUUCAAAUUGCGGACUCGUCGUCUUCAAACUCCGGCAAAAACGCGCAGAAUCUGGUCACUUGCAUCUACCAUUGCCGUAUCCGAGGAAGAAACUGCUUGAUCACAGUGACUUGGACUAAGAGUCUCAUGGGUCAAAGCGUAACCGUCGGGGUCGACGAUUCCUGCAACCAGAGCCUCUGUAAAGUCGAGAUUAAGCCGUGGCUGUUCACGAAACGGAGAGGUUGCAAGAGCUUGGAGGCGUACUCGUGUAACAUCGACGUUUUCUGGGAUCUCUCGUCCGCGAAAUUCGGAUCAGGCCCCGAAGCUCUGGGAGGAUUCUACGUGGGUGUUGUUGUGGACAAGGAGAUGGUUCUGCUUCUUGGUGAUAUGAAGAAGGAAGCUUUCAAGAAGACGAACGCUUCUCCUUCGUCUCUAGGCGCUGGGUUCGUCGCCAAGAAAGAGCAUGUCUUUGGUAAGAGAGUGUUUGCGACGAAAGCUCAGCUUUCCGCGGAUGGGAAAGUACAUGAUGUUGUGAUUGAGUGUGACACGAGUGUCACUGAUCCUUGUCUCGUUGUUCGUGUGGAUGGGAAGACGUUGUUGCAGGUGAAGCGGCUCAAGUGGAAGUUUCGUGGCAACGAUACGAUAGUUGUGAAUAGAAUGGCUGUGGAAGUUCUGUGGGAUGUUCAUAGUUGGCUCUUUGGGAUGCCUUCGGCGGGAAACGCCGUGUUCAUGUUCAGGACUUGUCAGUCUCCUGAGAAGAGCUUGUCUUUCUCACAGGACAUGUCAACAACAAACUCCAAGUCUCAAAGUUUUGGUUUUUCGUUGAUUCUGUAUGCUUGGAAGAACGAGUAG